AUGCCUUCCCAAUCGCCAGGCCCCACAGCUCUCACCCAAACAUUCACCUACCCACCAUCUUCUCCCCUGCCUUUUCGCAUUCGCUACACUCGGCUUGGCCCUUCAGAUGGCAUCCCAGUGAUCUUCAUCCACGGAACGCCGUGGUCAUCACGCCUCUGGGCUCCUUUUGCCCUCGCCCUUUCACACACAGGCCACUCGGUCUACCUGUUUGAUAAUCCAGGCUAUGGGGAGUCACCAGCUCCGGAAGCUAGUGCUGAGUAUGACAUUACGAAAGAUGGCGGCCUCUGGAUGCAGACCGAGGUAUUCGCGGCAUUAUUUGCGGAAUGGGGCUUCCCAAUAGCAGGAGGAGGGAAGCAGGAACAAGGAAGCGGCGGUACAAGAGGCAAGAAGCCACAUGUGAUCGCACACGACAAUGCAGGGCUGUGUGCACUGAGAGCCAAUAUUGAGCAUGGAUGCGAAUAUGCAAGCCUCCUGCUCGUGGAUGUUGUUGCAGUGGGGCCUUGGGGCCUGGAUUUCUUCAAAUUGGUCAAUACGAAUCAGGGAGUCCUUGAGGCUCUCCCGGGCAACAUGUUUGAAGGAAUCGUUAGGGGCUAUAUAAAACCCGGUGCAUUCAAGCCCCUGAAAGAGGAGGUUGAGGAUGAUUUGGUGGGGUGGUGGGUCACUAAGGAGGGGCAAAAAGCGAAGGGGCCGGGACAAGCCGGCUUUGUGAAAGUCUUUGCGCAGGCAAGUGGAAGAGUUACUGAGGAUGUGGAGGAGAGGUAUAAAGAGGUGGUACAGAAAGGAGUGAAGGUCAAGGUUGUGUGGGGGAAAGAAGAUCGAUGGGUUCCUGUCGAGCGCGGAGAGAAGCUGAGGGAGAAGCUAGGAGGCGAGACGAAGCUUGUGGUCGUCGAAGAAGCGGGACAUCUGAUACAGCUGGAUCAGCCAGAAAGACUCAUGGUUGAGAUUCUAACGUUCAUACAAGAGGCGGGCAGUCCAAAUACGUCCCAAUGA